AAUUUUUUUUUUUGUGUGGGAGGGAGGAACACAAAGGCGAGCGCUGGACGGGUUUUCAUCGGCUCGACCAUGCUGAGGAGCUCGGCGCUGGGCAGAUUUUCAUGGAAUAUCAGCGCAGCGGCACUGCAGACGAUUAUGACAUGGCUCCUCGCAAGGGAGUUCUCCGGAGGUACGAUAGCAGGAAGCUCCAGAUGAAGAAACUCCAGGAGCUAGAGCAGGAGGCUUACAAGGCUGUGAUGAGAGCUUUCAAUGCUCAAUCCGAUGGCCUCUCUUGGGGUAGAGAAAGGCUGAUGUCUGAUCUGCGCAAAGAGCUUAGAGUGUCCGACGAACUCCACCGAGAGUUCCUGAGUAGAAUGCCCGAAGAUAAAACUGUGAUGCAAAUCAGGGACUGUAGAAGAGCUGGCCAGGAACAAACGGGUAAAAAGAGGAAGAGCAACGCUACCGGUGUGCUAAAGAGGUUUCCGAAAGGAAAAAAGUCAAGGGUCGAUGCUCUGAAACCGGAGGAGCCCGAGCUACUGACAAUAGACGCCCUUCAACAUGAGGUGGGACUGCUAGAGGUGGAGCUGGAUGCAACUCGGCUAGCCAGGGCGAAAAAGGCAGCAUAUGAAUACAAGACCAAGCUUAUGGAUGCCUUGGAACAAGCUGGGCAGGACAACGAAGAUGAUUCGGAGAAAACGGAGGACAGGGAUCCAGUUCCAGGCACGGCCGAUACUCAACCGCAAUCACAGUCCCAGGAAAACGUGAAUACUGAGAACACUGAGAAUACCGAGUGUAAACCCGGGCACGAGGACGGGUGAGCAAGCCACAAUAGACGUGGGGGUGGGGGCUAAAAAAUUUUGACCGCGAGGUACGGCUUCUUUUUAAUUUUUUUUUUCCCCGGUGACGCUGCUGCUGGCGGGUGCAAAGUGAAUGCACGAAUGUUCAUGGCGCCAUUUGUACUAUUCAAUGAAUUCUGAAAGUUCUUUCUCUGUUACAUCUUUUCUACUAAUCGCGGGCGCUGUAGAAAAUCUCGCAGCGCGAUCUCAAGCACUGGAGGUUUUUGUUCUAACAUCUUAAUGGUUUUGCUGACUCUUUUCUAUGCAGAAGUCGACAGGUGUUCCUUGUGUUCACAGGUCUGACUAGAAAUUUGUUUCCAGGAUUUGUAAGUUCCGAGCUAAAGUUUUGAUUUGCUUUGUGCAGUUUCGACGCGUAGAGCUUCGUAAAAGCUGAGCAGUGUACGGACGUUGAUCUGGACUUUGGGAGUCAUCCGCUUAUCAAUGACCCCUUACGUGUGAGGAAAAGGAGAAGGAUCGUUUUGACGAGCCAGGCGAAAACCCAAGAUUGCUUGCGCUGGAGCCAAACACUUGUCAGCUCGGCUCCAAGCUUGCUUGAAUGGAAGCUCUGGAGCUCUCAUUAGAGCUGUAGGGCCGUUGCUCCACCUCGCUAAAGUUCUGGUCGCGGGCUCUCGAUCGAUCGGCUUCCAGAAAAGAAAAGCAAGGUUCGUUUCUCAUUUGCUUGUGCAUGUUUGAGCGCUUUCCAGAGAUCUGCCAAAGAAUAAUGAGGAAUGGUACCACCAAUAUCGCAAGAGUUCCAUUAUUUAUAUCGCGUGAGCACAGCUAGAUCCCAAUUUCCCAGCUGCUUGAGUUGGCACCCCUGCCUAGGCGACACAAUCGCAAGUCAUCUCGCACAGAUGGUUUCAUCUGGUCCGUUCGCUGCUCGAUGAUCCAUCCAGGGAAAAGAAUUUCUUUGGCGACUACCUACGCGUCGCUGGAGACUAAAGUUUAUAGCAAACAAAAAAUCUAGGAGAUAUCCCACACAAACUUGGUGUGUUUAGGUGGUGAGAAUCUUAAUAGUCCUCGACAAGA